AGGGGUAAUUUUCAUUCAAUAUCUCCUCUGAGCCAAUAAGCAAGAGUGCUGCCACCGCACGAAUCCAAUCAUCACACCCAAACUCACCUCCUGCCAAUGGCCACAAUAGCCUUUGUGUGUGCACGCUGACCCUUUUUCUCAAGCCUUACACAUUCAUGUUAAAUCGAAUGGAGUGCGUGAGUUAAUAUGUAGCAUUUCCUCCAUUGCAGAACAUGUUCUCUUUGUAUUUUGUUAGGUCUCUGUUGCUAUUGUGUGUUCCACGUUGCUAGCUACGCACAAUGGAAAACGUUUCAUAAGGUGUAUUAAAUAUGAGAAUGACACAGUAGUAGUCAUGUGAAUAGUAUGACCAUGCGAAAUAGAAUGUAAUGGAUUAAUGCCAUUGAAAUGUAUGGUUGGUUCGUGAUUAUCUUCUUACACAUAUAUUUUGCAUCAAAAUAGUUGUAUUAUAUUAUUUCUUAUGUUCUCACCCAGUAUUGUUAUUUAUCUUUUAUUCAUGACAUUCAAUAUUGAUUUAAUUUCAGAUUAUUUUAUUUCUAUUCUUUUGAUUCUAUUGAUACGGUUUAUAUGAGCAGUAUUCUAUAUAUUCUUGAACCAUGCAUGUAUUAUUUUGUAUAUUUCUUUUUAAUCUAAUCAUCGUCAUUAUCUUAAUCUUCAUCAUCAUAAUGUCUUUGUCAUGGCUGUAUGUUUGUUAUUUUUGAAUAAGGACUGUAAGGAUGUCACUUUGUCAGGAUGUAAAGUAGGACAAACGUGAUUUCUUUUGUCAAAAAUAUUUUCUUGGGUAUUCAAUGCAUUUGAUUUUUUUUCUAAAUUUAGUUUUAAAUUUGAGGUCUUAAACGUACAAUUUUACAUUUUGAUGAACAAUUCAAAAACCCUUGAUUUUUCUUUGGUAAAAAAACAUUUUAACGUUAUCUGAUAUGUCACACGUCAGUUCUGUAGUGCUCAAUUACCCCAUUGUAAAUACAGUACUGUACUGGAACAAAAAAGUAUAUUCGUGUAUGGUAAAAUACUAUUAUACAAACAACAUCCUUGCGAGAAUUGACAUAUUACUUAUUCUUGUUCUUAACCUUUUUUUAAACAAUAGUAAAGCUAUGUUAAUUAUAUUCUUCCUAAAAGUAUUCACACGAUCAUUUUUCUUCGAGAACAACGUGACCCCAAAGGAAACAAAAAGAUUCUACUGUCUCUUUAAGAGGAACCACCUCCCCCUAGCCUCCUCCUUCGUGUCGACCCAACCGUUUUAUGGAAAUAAGGCGUACCGAGCGUGCCGCCGACCAAUCAGCGACGGGCUCCAACCGCGGGAGAUCUAAAUUUCGCGCGACGAAGUUUGGCGCUAAAAAGUCGAGCUUGUUCUCGUUGAAUGGAGAAAGGAGCCUGGUGACUUCGGGGCGGACUGGGUCACACACUGACGAACUGAAGGGCUGAAAAAAAAAAAAGACGGAAGCACAGCUUCGCGGACCCUCGGUGGUCUUUUGAGCGAGCCCAUGGACCUUUAAACACGCUUUGGUGAACUUAGUUGUACAUUUGAAGCCAUGUUUGUUGGCUUGCGAGACGAGUUUUUGUGCACUUAACAGGAUUCGUUCGCCUGUUGACUGACGUCACUACUCGGAACCAACGCGUUGUUGUUUCUUGCAUUUGACUUUUAGAACGUGUUUUAAGUCAAAAUCGAGCUUAUUUUGUAUUGGCAUUUGUUUGUUGAUCGUAUCGUUAGCAUUCAUUUUGAAACGGGUCCUCUUUGCGGUACAAUGAUGCGCCUGCCCAAAGGCGUCUCCCCUGCGUCGGGACUUCGGUGCAGCCAACCCAAAAUGAAGCUUGUGGCCGGCGAGUUCUUCAGCACUGACCUGUCCAGCCCGCCCCUGAGCGCGGUACCGGUGGGCUACUUCAGCCAGAUCUGCCCUAACACCGCCGUGGUGGAACAAAGAGUGCACAGCCUCUACUCGACCCCCCACGGACCUGACCAAAAGCCCAUUAGAUCAACCACCGGACGGCUGCCGGCCAAAAGGAAGUUGGAUCUUGAAGAUCCGGUUUUCCUCCCCGAAUUCUGUACCCCAAAAGGCAAAGGUGGCAUUGCGGCAAGUCCAAGAACUCCAAAGUCGCCGGGCGAGCGGACGAGGUACGACACCUCGCUGGGCCUGCUGACCAAGAAGUUUGUCGGCCUCAUCGCCGAGUCGCCCGAUGGCGUCCUGGACCUGAACUGGGCCACGGAGGUGCUGGAGGUCCAAAAGAGGCGGAUCUACGACAUCACCAAUGUUCUGGAGGGAGUCCAGCUCAUCCGGAAGAAGUCAAAGAACAACAUCCAGUGGCUGGUUGGAGAUGUCUUUGAAGGCGGCACCGGCGGAGGAGGGAAGGCCCGAGCGUUGCAGAAAGAACUCAAAGACUUGGAGCGAGCCGAGCAAUCGCUGGACGAGCUCAUCCAUUCCAGCAGCGCGCAGCUCAAACAGCUCACCGAGCUCAAAGACAACCAAAGGCUGGGCUACGUGACGUACCAAGACAUCCGCUUCAUCGGCAGCUUCCGAGAGGAGACGGUGAUUGCCAUCAAGGCACCCUCCGAGACCCAACUGGAAGUGCCAGACGUGUCGGGGGGAUCGUUACAGAUCUAUUUGAAGAGUAAGAACGGUCCCAUAGAAGUGUACCUAUGUCCAGAGGAGGGUCUCGAAAAUGCCAGUGCGAUUAAAAGCUUGGUCACACCAGAAAAGCCCACUGCAGAACCAACGAGCCUCAGCAGCAACAAAGAAGAGUCUGUUGAAGCGUGCAUGUCCACAGCGGCCUCUUCGACCUCCACUUCCUCCGCUCUGCUGGACGUGGAGGAUCUGCUUGGUUUGCCUCCCAGCUUGCUUCAGAUGACCGAAGACCAACUACCUGGCGUUUCCUUACCCACCGACCCCAGCGAAGGUGGCGGCACUCCAUUCGUCAGCUUCUCCCCACAUCUGGACCAUAGCGACUACCUGUGGAGCCUGGAGGAUGGCGAGGGUGUGUCCGAAUUCUUCAACACGUACGACCUCAAUGAUCUCUUGUAAAGGUGAUGGAACUUUUGGGGAAAAUAAUGACAGUAUGAAGCCCUGUUUGACCCACUCUUCCAAAAAGUGUUGUGGAGAUGCGAUAAGUUGGUUGGUAUGUGGUGAAGUCCUGCUAAAAAUCAGACCAAAAGGCUAUGAAAGAAAUGUAUGCCUCAUACGUUGCACUUACAGGCCAGAAUAUGACGUAUACAUCUUAAAUUUGGGUCAUAUUUUUAUGAAGUAACAUGAAGUAAAUUAAGGAUCUAUUUAAUUGGCUGUGUUUGUAUUUCACGUAGGCAUCAAAACAGCACUGCUGUUGUUUAUUCUUUUAAAAGAAAUACCCCUCAAAAGAUCUCAAUCAAUCAUUUCAUAUAAUUGAUGAAACACAGAGGAAGAUAGCACGUUUAACUCAGGAAUUAUAUCUCACCCUUUGAUUUGCCCCAACAAGUCUUGCCGGUCUUUGGCCCGCAGGGGGCAGUAUUGGCUCCCGUUAGCUUUAAGAGACCGUUGCAAAGCUUUACACUAGGUUGGAAUCACUGGAAAGGACUUAAGGUAAAGCCAUAACACAGCACUGAACGCUCAAAAAAAUGGUCAUCUGCAGUUGUUUGUUAGCAAUGUUAACUAUCAUUAACCAGGUGCUUAAGGGUCGCUCAUGCGGAGCCAAUUAUAAAGAGGGACUGUCCUCUUAUUUAUUUAGAAGCUUAGAUUCCAAAUUAGCUUGAAAUUGAUGUGGACUUACUAAUGCACAAUUACUAUUGUAUUUCUGAGGAGGUCGUUUUUAUGCUUCUUCGCGUUCAAAUGUGUGUGUGUGUGGGGGGGGGGGGGGGGGUUCCCGGGUUCCCGGGUUCCCUCCACUGUUCGUAAAUGUAAUAUUUGCUCUGGUUGCUAUUGUUUGGGCUUUUAGAAAUAAGCUAACUGUCCUGUCCUAACAAAACUUGAAAGUGUGCAUUUGGGUGUGAAAUAUUUUUUUUUAUUUUAUUUUUUUAUCCACACGGGAAAAAGGUCUUAUACAUUGUGUGCAAGAGUGAUUUUGUUUUAUUCCCAUUUUUUUCUUUAUUUGACUAUGUAGAUUCAGAAAAUGUCUGGUAAUUUCAAUCAGCAUUAUUGAUUUUCUUUGUGCUAUUUGUACAUAGAGGAUUUUGUAUUUAUACUUAUUUUUGCUGAAUUGUUUUCAUACCGGCAUUUUUUUUUUGUACUACAUGCAGCACUUAAUAUUUUUGUAAUAUUGUGAGUUUUUUGUUGAGAAAAGAGAAAUAAAUAAACAAUGAAGCCAUUAUUCCUCAUA